CGGCGCUGUGACGUCAGAGCCUUAGUAAGCGGAGUUUGAAGCCAGUGCAGAGGGCGUCAUGUCGGCUCUGAGGGCGCACAGGGUGCUGCAGCACAUCGCACGGCGCGGCUGGAGGGCGCAGUCCACCUCCCCCCAUGCAGCGGCUUCCUCCUUGCCGGCCGCGCAGGGGUUUAGCUUUGAACUCAGCGAGCAGCAGAAGGAGUUUCAGGCCACGGCUCGGAAAUUCGCCCGAGAAGAGAUUAUCCCGGUUGCUUCUCAUUAUGACAAAACAGGGGAGUAUCCGGUGCCGAUCAUUAAGCGCGCCUGGGAGCUCGGCUUGAUGAACGGACAUAUCCCGGAGCACUGCGGUGGGCUUAACCUGGGGAUUUUCGACACGUGUCUCAUCACCGAAGAGAUCGCGUAUGGAUGCACCGGGAUCCAGACGGCCAUCGAAGCCAACUCUCUAGGGCAAAUGCCGGUUAUAUUGGCAGGAAACGAAGCUCAGCAAAAGAAAUACCUGGGGAGGAUGACGGAAGAACCGUUAAUGUGUGCUUAUUGUGUAACAGAACCAGGGGCCGGCUCGGACGUGGCAGGUUUAAAGACCAAGGCGGAGAAGAAGGGCGACGAAUAUGUAAUAAACGGCCAGAAGAUGUGGAUCACGAAUGGCGGCAAAGCCAACUGGUAUUUUCUUCUGGCGCGCACCAACCCCGACCCCAAGGCGCCCGCGGGAAAGGCUUUCACCGGAUUUAUUGUAGAGGCAAAUAGCCCCGGCAUACAGAUCGGGCGGAAGGAGCAGAACAUGGGCCAGCGCUGCUCGGACACCAGAGGAAUUGUUUUCGAGGAUGUGAGGGUCCCUGUGGAAAAUGUCUUGAUCGGAGAAGGAGCCGGAUUUAAGAUCGCCAUGGGUGCCUUUGAUAAGACGAGGCCCCCGGUUGCCGCUGGUGCCGUAGGCUUAGCUCAGAGGGCUCUGGAUGAAGCCACCAAAUACUCCCUGGAAAGAAAGACCUUCGGAAAACUGAUUGCCGAGCACCAAGCGGUGUCCUUCCUGCUGGCAGAGAUGGCCAUGAAAGUGGAGCUCGCCAGGUUAGCGUAUCAGAGAGCCGCCUGGGAAGUGGAUUGUGGCAAAAGGAACACAUAUUACGCGUCCAUCGCCAAGGCCUUCGCCGGGGACAUCGCCAACCAAGUGGCUUCCGACGCCGUCCAGGUGUUUGGGGGAAACGGCUUUAACAGCGAAUAUCCCGUGGAAAAGCUCAUGAGAGACGCAAAGAUCUACCAGAUCUACGAAGGCACGGCACAGAUCCAAAGACUUAUCAUCGCACGAGAACACCUGGGCAGGUUCAAAAAAUGAAUAAACCCCUCUGUAGCAUUAAUUACCCCAUCACCAAAAAAAACCCACCUGUGACCGCUUUUUGGGUGUUCUAGGUAAUAAGCACCUUUCUCGGCAGAAUUCUUUCUCUGAUCUCUGGAUGACUGUGAAUUCUUCGAUAAGUAGCAGCGAUAGGUAAUCACUUCUGGCGUCUGAGGGGUUAACGCCGCUUUGUAGAGACGUAUGUUGCGGUCGGAGAGAAGUGCCUGUAAUUUACCGAUUAUCUAUGCAACGUACACAAAGGAAUGUUUCUGUGGACUCCGCUUAACCUGUGAUUUCCAAAAAUAAUAAAUUCCAUCCAAGAAAUUCCGCCUGAAUAUAAAUAAACAUUUUUUAAGAUCUCGUGUAAA